AGGCCGAUAUUGGCUUUCAUAUUAACCAGGUUGAUUUUUUGCGACAAGCUCUCUAAUUUGUUUUGGCACAAAUAAUACCUACUGAACGGUAAACAUCUAAUAUAAAGAAUAAUUUAUUUGUAGCUGACAUUUGUGAAAGACGAGUGAUAUUCCACGAAACCUUGAAUAAGUUGGAAAAAAAUUUUGCUUCAGCUGAAUAAAUAAUAAUAUAGGAAGAUAUUUUUUAACUAUUAGUAAAUUCUUUACAACUAUUUAGAGUUGGACGAAUAUUCAAGCAGCUACUAAGUAUAAAACCCAAUAGCAUACAGGUAGAUUUUGAUUAGCAUAAAAAGUGGCACGCAUUCUAUUUCUUGAAUUUCAGAAUCAUGUCGAAUGAAGUGAUCGAAGCUCAAAAGAAAUUAGUAGAGCAGCUGAAGAUUGAAAGUCAAGUCGAUAGAUAUCCGGUAUCGAAAACAAGUGAAGAACUUGUAAAAUACAUUCGGGAGUCACAAGAAUAUGAUCCAUUUCUAAUCGGAAUUGACAAGAAACAAAAUCCGUUCAAGGAAAAAUCUAGCUGCGUUGUCUUGUGA